AGCUGGUGCCGUGCGCGACUAGAUCAACUAACUGUGCAUGUCGAAAACAAAGGCUUGCGAACAGGGAAGGAAAAACAGAAGAGAAGAAGUGACACAGGAUUACAAUUGAUUCGACAACACAUCCUCAUCCUCACCUCUACAGUCACCUAUGGCUUGGUCGCCGCUCGGGACUCCGGCGAUCACCGGUGCUCUGCAGGAAAGGAAACACCACUACAGCUGGACUCCUCACAGGAAUGUACUGGAAUGGAGAAGGGAGGGGCAGCGUGUGCUUUUCGCUAUGUGGAAACUGACGUAAUAUUUGAUCGAGUCUGUCUCUCCUUAACUUGAUCAAGACUACGAACAGGGGAGAACAGGCGAAAGGCCCCCAAAGUUCAAACAUCGCGUGCAUGGACUAUGACUAUUAAACUGGACUAACCUUUUGCAUGACUUGAACAAAUUACUAUUCAUUCUCUCCUCAAUCUGCUGCGUUAUCUUCCUGGGGAGAGAUUCCACUAAUGGAGAUUAUCCUUUCUACGGUCCUGGGUGAGCUGACAACUAGAUCCAUAAAUUUCUUCAUCAGCAGAAGCUUCAAGCCGUCGGCGUUGGAUGUGGAGGAUCGCCUCCGCAGGGUCUUGCUCCGGGCACAGGUCAUCGUCGACGAGGCCAUGGGGCGGCACGUCACAAACCAAGCUAUGCUCCAGCAGCUGGACAUGUUGAGAGACGCCAUGUACCGAGGCUAUUACAUGCUGGACACCUUCAGAUACCAAUUUCUCGACGAGGAGGACACCAAAGAUCAGGUUGUGAGUCACUCUUUGUCUUUGUCCAAAGUAAGUUCUCUGAAAGGUUUAUGUUCCUCCAGUAGAAAUGCACAGAUUUUGGAACAACUGCAAAAGUCGCUUGACGAUUUGAGCUCCAUGAUCCUUGAUGUGGGUGAGCUGGUCGUGUUCUUGACGAACUGCCCUCGCCUGUACCGCCAGCCUUACAGCAUGCAUCUCCUGUUGGGUAACUGCAUGUUUGAACGCCAGAUGGAAGCAGAACUUGUCAUCAGCUUCCUGUUACACACACGACCUCAUGGUGCUGAAGAUCUAGAGGUCCUGCCAAUUGUCGGUCCUGGCAGAGUCGGCAAGAGCACACUUGUCGCUCAUGUUUGCAAGGAUGAAAGAGUACGUGAUCAUUUUUCAGAAAUCGUGUUCUUGAACGACCAUGAUUUGAGAGAUGAGAAGUUAGCCACUCUUAGAGAGGGAUGUACCAAGAAAUAUCAAAAUUGCACAUUGAACAAAGAUGAGAGAAUGCUAGUUGUGGUUGAGGCAGCUGGAGACUUCAAUGAAGAUGCGUGGAGGAGGCUGUAUUCUGCUUCUAAACGGUGCUUCACAAGUGGUAAUAAAAUCAUAAUCACAAGCCGGUCUGACAAGAUCACAAAGCUUGGAACAACGCAGGCAGUAGCACUGAAAUAUAUGUCUAACGAAGCAUUCUGUUACUUCUUCAAGACGCUUACGUUUGGAAGCACGGAUCCGGCGAUGCACCCGAGGCUUGCAUAUUUGGCCAUGGAGAUAGCCAGGAUGCUGAACGGUGCCCCCUAUGGCGCAAACGUCACCUCUCGUUUGCUGAGGGACAACUUUGACAUCCACUUUUGGUCCAAGGUUCUGGCCUUCUUGAGAGGGUUCAUCAAGUGCCAUGUCUCCAGAUUUGGUGAGCAUCCUUCUAAUUCUAUGAACCAAAAUAGACCUGCACAUGGUAGGAGAAUGGCUACACCUUCUGAAGAAUUCGUGAUUUAUCAUCAUUAUGAGCGCUCUUCACAAGAGGAGGUUCCCAAGAUUAGAUUACAAGACGUGAUGUAUGGAAGCGUUAAACCUCAUGGGAAAUUCGAGGCCCUAGGAUGGAGGUCUCAGAUACCGCCCUACUAUAGCUAUGUGUAUACUUGUGAGAUCCGAGAGCUAAAAGCUACAUCUGCCAAGAGGAAGCGUCCUAUGAAAAAUGGAGUCACACUUUAUUAAUUCCGUCAUCAUCAGCUCAACCCUGCAAGUCAUUUUGUCAGCUGAGCCGCUUGGUCAUGUUUGGUCACUUUCAUAUUUGGUUGCCAGAUUGAGAUGGAGCAAGUUACCAUCUUCUUGUUGUAAGGCAAGCAGAGCCUCAUGGGUUAAGAAGAUUCGGUGUUCUACCGAAUGAUUUCAUAUGUUGUAUCUAUAUAUGCACACGACCUUGCUAUCUUUCAAGCUCAUGUACUAGUGCAACAGUUUGAUUCAAUAUGAUGAUUGCUCUGUUUU